GUAACGCUACGAUGUGAACUGAGUUCCUUUAAAAAGUUCCAAUCUUGCUCCACUUUCUCAGAGCUCAGACCAGACCAGACCCAAAUUCAAUCCUUCCCAUUCCCAAGAACCCACCAUGGAACUGAAAACAACUCCAACGUCCGUACAAGAUCUCAUAAGCACCGUCGUAUCAUCGUUGAAACAAAACGACACCUUCACUCCCAUGUUUUACACUCUCUCCGCUCGCCUCCUCCUCUCCCUCUUUCUCCUGUUCAAGCUCCUCCUCGCCGCCUCCCGAUCCCGCCACGUCCGCCUGCCUCCAGGCCCACGGGCCCUUCCCCUGCUGGGAAACCUCCUUGAUCUGGACCCGGAGCUCCACUCCCACUUCGACGCCCUGGCCCAAACCCACGGCCCAAUAUUCAAGCUCCAUCUCGGCAACAAGCUCGGCAUUGUAAUCACCUCGCCCGCCUUGGCCCGCGAGGUUUUGAAAGAAAACGACGUCGUUUUUGCCAACCGUGACGUCCCUGUGGCGGGUCGGGUCGCCACCCAGGGCGGCCACGACGUCGUUUGGACGCCUUACGGCCCCGAAUGGCGGAUGCUGAGGAAGGUCUGCGUCCUCAAGAUGCUCAGCAACACCACCUUGGAUUCCGUCUACGGUCUCCGGCGACGGGAGGUACGGAAAACCGUCGGAUACUUCUACAGUCGGGUCGGGUCGGAGGUCAACGUGGGCGAGCAGAUGUUUUUGACGAUUCUCAACGUGAUCACGAGCAUGCUUUGGGGUGGGACCGUGGACGGGGCCCAGGAGAGGGAAAGUUUGGGGACUGAGUUUCGGCAGGCCGUUUCGGAGAUGACGGAUCUGUUGGGGAAGCCCAAUCUGUCGGACUUUUAUCCGGGGCUGGCUCGGUUUGACUUGCAGGGGGUAAGGAGGCAGAUGAUUGGGCUGACCCAGAGAUUUAAUGGGAUUUUUGAUAAGAUGAUUGGUCAACGGAGUUUGAAGAUGGAGAAGGAGAGAGAAGAUGGAGGAGAGUCAAAGAGUAAGGACUUUUUGCAGUUUUUGUUGGAGUUGAAAGAUGAGGAGAAUUCGAAUACACCUUUUACUAUGGUCCACGUCAAGGCCUUGUUGAUGGAUAUGGUCAUAGGUGGAAGUGAUACAUCCUCAAAUGCAAUCGAGUUUUCCAUGGCUGAAAUUAUGAACCAACCCGAGAUCAUGAACAAGGCACAACAAGAACUAGAAACCGUUGUCGGCAAAGACAACAUAGUAGAAGAGUCCCACAUUCACAAACUCCCUUACUUACAAGCCGUGAUGAAGGAAACUCUGAGGCUGCACCCAGUCCUGCCCAUGUUAGUCCCUCACUGCCCUAGUGAAACUUGCACCGUUGGGGGCUACACCGUCCCGAAGGGCUCUCGGGUUUUCAUCAACGUUUGGGCUACACAAAGAGACCCUUCCAUUUGGGAAAACCCUUUGAAGUUUGAUCCAGAGAGAUUCUAUAACAACACCAAGUGGGACUUUAGUGGAAGCGACUUUGAAUAUUUCCCAUUUGGAUCCGGCAGAAGAAUUUGUGCCGGAAUUGCUAUGGCUGAGAGGAUGGUCUUAUACUCUCUUGCUACGUUUUUACAUUCUUUUGAUUGGAAAUUGCCUCGUGGAGAGAAGAUGGAUCUUUCCGAGAAAUUCGGGGUUGUGCUGAAAAAGAAGAUUCCUCUCGUUGCUAUUCUUACUCCAAGGUUGUCCGAUCCAACACUUUAUGAGUAG